AUGCAGCAACAGCAGCAGCAGCAGCAGCGGGAUCCCAACGAGAAGCACAGCGCCGCUCCCGACGAGCCCAGCUUCUUAGUGACGUGGGACGGGCCCGAUGAUCCGCUCAACCCCAAGAACUGGCCGGCGUGGCGGAAGUGGGCGGCCGCCAUUCUGACCUCGCUGGGCGGGCUGGUGACGCUGAUGUCCGGAGCCAUGAUGGCGCCCGCGCUGGGAGACAUUAGCGCGUCACUGCACAUUGGCGAGGAGGAGGCCAACCUCGCCCUCUCCAUCUUCAUCCUGGCUUUCGCUUUCGGCCCUCUCGUCCUCGCCCCAUGCUCCGAAGUCUUUGGCCGCAAGCGCGUCUGGCUGGCCAGCAGCCUCUGGUACACGCUCUGGAAUCUCAUCUGCGGCUUUGCGAACACAAAGGGCGUCAUGAUUGCCGGGCGGUUUUUUGCCGGGUUGGGCGCCAGUUCGCAGUUUGCUAUCUCGCUGCCGGUGCUGAGUGACUGUUGGAAGUCCGAGGAACGCGGCAAGUCGUUUGCGCUGGCAACGUUCAUCCCGCUGCUGGGCCCGGCGCUGGGCCCGAUACUCGGUGGCAUCAUCGCCGAAGCCGUCGGGUGGCGCUGGCUCUUCUGGGUGCUGUCCGCUUUUGACGCCCUGCUCAUGUUCCUCACCUUGUUCCUCUUCCGGGAGACGCACGCGCCGACAAUCCUGGCCCGGAAAGCCAACACUCUAACUAAACACACCGGCCACCCGCACUACACCGACUUCGAAGCGGACCAGGUGUCGCUUCUGCAUCGUCUCAAGGUCGGCCUCACUCGCCCGUACCGCCUGCUCGUCACGCAACCCAUCCUGCAGCUCAUGUCGCUGUUCCUGGCCUAUAACUUCGGCAUCCUCUACAUCGUGCUGGCGACGUUUGCCACUAUGUGGAUCGAUGUAUACCACGAGGCCGUUAACAUCAGCGGCAUCAACUACCUCGGCCUCGUCAUAGGCUACACCAUUGCCGCGCAGGUCGGCGGCCCCGCCACCGACCGCAUCUGGAAGCAUCUGCAAGCCAAACACGGCGGAAACACUGCCCCCGAGUACCGCGUCCCGCUCAUGCUGCCCAGCAUCGUGCUCAUCCCCACUGGCUUGUUCUGGUACGGCUGGUCCGUCCACGCGCACCUGCACUGGGCCAUGACGGACGUGGGCAUUGGCAUCUUCGGCUGCGGCAUCAUCCUCGGCACCCAGAGCAUGCAGGCGUACGUCAUGGACGCGUUCCCGCACCAUACGGCGUCGGCGUCGGCCGCGUCGCAGUUCCUCCGAAACGUCUUCGCUUUUGCCUUCCCCAUUUUCGCGCCCAAGAUGUACAAAAACCUGGGAUACGGCUGGGGGAACAGCCUCCUUGCCUUUUUGUUCCUGGCCUUUGGAGUCCCGGCUCCGCUGGUCCUGUGGAAGUAUGGGGCCAAGUUGAGGGCCUUGGGCAAGCCGCAGCAGUGA